AUGGUCAUUACGAAACUACUCAAAAAAUUUCUUGCGAGCAAAAUCCAUCUCAAAGAUCUUGGUUCCCUUAAAUACUUUCUUGGCAUAGAAGUGGCACGUUCCUCCAAAGUGAUCUUUCUAAAUCAACAGAAAUAUGCCCGUGAAAUCCUUUCAGACACAGGACUUUUGGAAUGCAAACCUACACCGACACCCAUUGAGUUCAACCACCAUCUCAAUCCUCACGACGGUGAUCUCCUCCCUGACCCUUCCGGUUACAGGCGCUUAAUUGGUCGUCUCCUCUAUCUUACAGUAACUCGACCGGACAUCACUUAUGUAGUCAAUCUUCUCUCACAAUUUAUAUCCAUUCCACGUGAACCACACUUGCAAGCAGCACUACGCAUUGUUCGAUAUAUCAAAAAUUCACCGGACCGUGGUAUCAUGCUUCACAAUCGUAACUCUUUGCGCCUGCAUGCUUAUUGUGAUGCUGAUUGGGCCUCAUGCCCAACCACCCGCCGAUCAACCACUGGUUAUUGUGCCUUUCUUGGAACAAGUCCAAUCUCAUGGGAAAAAAAAAAGAAAAGCAAUCUACUGUCUCAAGGUCCUCAACUGAAGCUGAAUACCGUGCAAUGGCUAAUGCUGCAAGUGAAAUCACAUGGCCUCAACUAUUACUCUCUGAAUUAG